GAUGUUUCGAGACCAAAACAAAUAUGGCUGACGGUGAGAUGCAGUCGGAAAAAAAAAAUUGUAUUUUUUUGUUUAAAAAACGAAAAAUUCGUAACAAUUCGGCGAGAAAAAGGCGAGGCGACGACGGUGACAAUCAAAGCAGCGAUGAUGAGACAACGGUUGUAAAAAAGGAAAAAAGAAUCGACGACAAAAAUCCGUUGAGGCAAAGUACAAGUACAAAGCAGCGGAAAGUUAAAGAGUGUCAAGAAGAUGAUGAAAGUGAAGAGGAGGGAAUAUCAGUAUCAUAUAAAAGUAAAAGAACUCCAAUGCCAGCGGGUCCUAGCGAUCAGGGAGCAACAGCAGUUUUAGAGACCGAAACUGAAAUUGACAAAGAUGCUCAGGCACUUUUUGAGAAAGCUCAAAAAAUAAAUGAGCAGCUAGAAGGCAAAGAAGAUGAUAAAAUAUAUCGUGGUCUCAAUAAUUAUGCUCAGUAUUACAAAAAGAAAGACACAGCUGCGGGAAAUGCUUCUAGCGGGAUGGUUAGAAAUGGACCCAUAAGGGCACCCGCUAAUCUUCGUGCUACUGUUAGAUGGGAUUAUCAACCAGAUAUCUGCAAAGAUUAUAAAGAAACAGGGUUUUGUGGGUUUGGAGACAGCUGCAAAUUUCUUCACGAUCGAUCUGACUACAAACUUGGCUGGCAGUUGGAGAGAGAAACUGGCACUGGGGAAUACGAUAAUAGCGGAGAUGAGGACGAUAAGAAGUAUGAGAUUGACAGCGAUGAGGAAAAUCUGCCAUUCAAGUGCUUCAUUUGUCGCGAAUCUUUCACUGAUCCCAUAGUCACGAAAUGUAAGCAUUAUUUCUGUGAAAAAUGUGCCUUGGAACACUACAGAAAGAGCACCAGAUGUUUUAUCUGCACCGCUCAAACAAACGGUGUGUUUAAUCCAGCGAAGGAACUAAUCGCAAGAUCGAAAUUGGAGAAGGAACAUGCUGCUCUGGAAGAAGCUGAGAGUCACACUGAAAAUGACAAUGAAGAUGAUUAGACGCGAGGGCGGCACUCAAACAACCGACGAUUAAGUACAACGUGUGUGGGGCGAGAAUCUUCACGAUCCCAUGCAGGCUCGCCAGUCAUUACCGGACGUUCGCUCAUCCAACUCAUCGCUCUAACACUCCGAGAAAAAAUGAGUACGAUAGUUCAAAACAAGCUUCUCACUCAAUGAACAACGUUUAUUUUUUCCUUUCGGGUGAGUGACAUUCGGUCAUUCAAAAAUCAUGAAUCAACCACGUUUGACGAUGUAUUCGAAAUUUUUCAUUUGAUCACCCAACCGAAAAGUACGUGCAUCGUGAAAAAACCCUCCACGUGUCAAUAAAAAAGAAAAAAACAUUGUAGGACUUUAAGCAAACGGUAAUAAUUAAACAUUCUUAAUAUUUGA